AACGAUGAACUUUUCCAGCUUCGCUCGUAUCAGGCUGAGAUGGUGGAGGAGAGCCUCAAAGCAAACAUCAUUGUUGCUAUGGACACCGGCAGUGGAAAAACGCACAUCGCGAUCGAGCGAACAAGGUUGGAACUAGAAACUUGCCAGCCUGACAAGCUUGUCUGGUUUCUCGCGCCAACAGUCCCGCUAUGCGAACAGCAAUAUCAAGUUUUCAAGUCCAAUCUUCCUGGUUACGGCGUUCAAGUCCUGAGCGGAAACGACGGCGUCGAUCAUUGGACCGAACAGAGUGUCUGGGAUGCGGUGUUGCAUAACGUCCGCAUUGUGUUGUCUACGCAUCAAGUGCUCUUAGAUGCACUCACUCAUGCGUUCGUCAAAAUGAACAGGCUAGCUUUGCUGAUAUUCGAUGAAGCACAUCAUUGCACACUGAAGCAUCCUGCUCAUCGGAUCAUGUCCGAUUUCUACAUGCCGCGUAUUCAGAAUAGAAGCUAUUCACUUCCGAGGAUUCUUGGGUUGACAGCCAGCCCGAUUAUGAGAGCGAAAGCAACUGAACUUGAUCUCGAACAGAUUGAGCGCAAUCUGCACGCUACAAUCAAGACUCCAAAGAGGCAUCGCCCGGAAUUGUUGCGAUUCUCUCACCAGCCGGAGCUCAUCAGGACUCUGUACCCGGCCGAGUUUUCAAAAUACGCAAACUCUCCUUUGAUAACGGCGAUUGAAAAUAUGUUUGUGAACUACGACAUUUCACAAGACCCGUACGUGUUAAGUCUACGGAAGCAAGAAGACUACAAAGGCUUGCAGGAUAUUUACAUCAGUCGCAAGACCUACUGUUUAGAGCAGCUGAAGCACCUUGUACUCAAAGCAAAAGUCACGUCAGACGAGCUCGGAUUGUCGGCCAUGGAAUGGUACCUCCAACAAUGCGUAACACAGUUCGAGAAGAUGACCCACAACUCACAUCAGCUGCUGAUCGACUGGUCUGUGGACGAGAAGCUACACCUUCUGAAGCUCUUGCUGCAGCUACCCUUUCCCAAAGACACGUCAUUUCCCCGUAUAUCUCUGGAAUACCUCUCCCAAAAGGUAGAGACACUCAUAAACCUUUUGGUCGUCGAAGUGCAAGACAACCCUGAGUUCACAGGUCUGAUAUUCGUCGAGCAGCGUAUUUGGGUAGCCAUCCUUGCUGAGAUUAUCUCCUUACACCCUCGUACGAAAGACUUGUUUCGUGUAGGCACAUUUGUUGGAACAUCACAAAACAGCAAGCGCAAGACGAAUAUCGCUGCCUUCGCCGAACCUCGCAACCAACAAACAACACUUGACGAUUUUCGGGUGGGUAAAACGAACUUGAUCUUGGCCACGACCGUUCUCGAGGAAGGUAUCGACGUUUCCAGUUGCCACCUCGUCAUCUGCUUCGAAAGCCCCAAGAAUUUGAAGAGUUUUGUGCAGCGGCGCGGAAGAGCCAGGAAGCAAAAAUCUAAGUAUUUCAUAUUUGUUCCUGAUACAGGAGGUAUCAAAUCUCCAGAGUCAUGGCAGUCACUCGAAGAAGAGAUGAAGAGAGCAUAUCUUGAUGACAUGCGACAGAUCAAAUUGGCGGAAGAGAGAGAACUUGAGGACGAGAAAGGAGAGCGGGUGUUUGAGGUACCCAGUACUGGCGCUCGGAUGACACUUGAUUACGCCUUGCAACAUCUCUACCACUUCUGCAACCUCCUCGGAUCUGGUCCAUACCAGGACCCACGUCCUCAGUUCGAGAUAAUCGAUGUAGAACCAGGCAGAUUUGCCGCGAAAGUCACACUCCCCGUCUCGGUAGAUCCUGCGGUUAGAUACGCCACUAGCGUGGGGACUUGGAGGACGCAGAAGAUGGCAAGAAAAGACGCCGCUUUUGUAGCUUACAAAGCUUUGCACACGGCUGGACUGGUGAAUGAUCAUCUUCUUCCUUUGAGACAAGAAACGAUUGAUCAGGCAGCGGAGUUUCAGAUUCCUGAUCACACGCCCUCUCUAGUACAAGUAUCACCGCCCUUUGAUCCUUGGCUGUUUGUUGCAAUGUAUCAGGCAGACAACCCUCAUGUGUACCACCGUACCUUGCUCCAGGUAAAGACACCUGGAGAGGAACCGCUUUACAUGGAACUUCUCACCCCGAUUGCUUUGCCCAACGUUGGAGAGCUCAUACUGCAUUGGAACAAGACGACGCAGUAUACGGUACAAAGCUCAUGGUUGCAAAAAGCAAUCUUGACCGACGAGCAGAUCGAGACUAUGCGUUUGAUUACUCGGAGAAUCUUGCUUUCUGCGUUCUCGGGUAAAAUGCAAGAAGAAAGGUCCGACUUCCUUUGGCUGCUCGCUCCCUGCGACUCAUCUGGCCAGCCCUUCAACAUUGAUCAGCUCUCAAAAUGGAUUCUAUUCACCCAGGGAUGUCGACCAGCGUCGGAGAUGAUCGCGCGAGGACUUCCUCCAAAGUUUUGGGGUUUGAUCUCAAGGCCGGGGGACCAACGGAUGUAUACUCUCCACAACAUAAGUAGCGACAGCACGGCCACUUCUUCAUCAGAUAUGGAAGAGACUCGCUUGGUAAUGGUCCGGGCUCCGAAACGACGCGAUUUUUUACAUCGCUUUGAGGAGGCUAACAACAUAAACGACGCGUACACCAGGCUUGAGAGUUUCGGUGUCUCAGAGUGUAUAGUGGAUAAUCUUCCCGCUCCCUAUACCCUCUUCGCGCGCUUCUUCCCGUCGAUCUUGUACCGAUUCGAAGUCCAUAUGGUUGCUCAAGCGCUCCAGGCUACACUCUUAGAGCCCCUGCACUUCGAAUCGAAACAUCUUCCUAUCAUUCUCAAGUCUUUGACAUCCUCUGCUACUGGCGAGGAAGGCAACUAUCAACGGCUUGAGUUUCUUGGAGACGCCAUACUGAAGUUCAUCUCGACAGUCCACCUGAUGGCGGACAAUCUGACAUGGCCGGAGAGCUUUCUCACAGGAAAGAAGGGAAAGAUUGUCAGCAAUGGCUUCCUUGCUCGCGCGGCUCUAGCAGCCGGCCUCGAUAAAUUCGUCAUUACCAGACGCUUUACCGGGGCAAAGUGGGCGCCUCGAUAUGCAAGCGAUGUCCUCGCUCAGACACCGCCUUCCGAGAAAGUACUGAGGUCGUCAAAGCUCGUUGCCGACGUAAUCGAAUCCCUGAUCGGCGCAUCGUACAGUGUUGGUGGUUUCGACAAAGCAUUCACUUGCGUCCAAACGCUCCUACCCCUUGAGAACUGGACACCUAUAGCAGCAGCUAACGUUACUCUCUACAAUGCUGCCCCGGCAUACAUUGAAGUCAACAGUCUCGCUACGCUAGAAACACUCAUCGGCCACACAUUCAGCAAGAAAACACUCCUCCUGGAGGCCCUCACACAUGCUUCCUACAUCGGACUAAACACAGCCUGCUCCUACGAGCGCCUCGAGUUCCUCGGCGACGCAGUCCUCGACUACAUAAUCUCAAAGCGGCUCUUCGCCCACUCGCCCCCUCUCACGCACCAAAAGAUGCACGCCGUGCGCACCGCAAUGGUCAACGCCGCCUUCCUGGCAUUCAGAAUGUUCGAAACCACCGUCCCGGAAGAAACUAUCAAUCCCUCGACUUUCCAGCCUGAAACCCACCACAGAGCCCUCUGGCAAUUCCUCCGCUCGGCACACAACGGCCUCAACGCUAACCGCGACACAGCGCUGCAAGACCAUCACAAUGCCCGCGCACAAAUCAUCGCGGCGUUGCAGCACGAUGGGAAGUUUCCCUGGCAUUUGCUCGCGCAGACCGACGCACCCAAGUUCCUCUCCGACAUCGUCGAGAGCGUCAUCGGCGGUAUUUACAUCGACUCGCACGGCUCCGUCGAGGCGUGUGAGGUCUUCGUCCACCGCCUGGGUAUCCUCGAGUGCUUGCAGCGUAUCCUGGACGUGGAUGUGGAUUGUCUGCAUCCCAAAGAGCGGCUGGGACAUCUCGCUGUGGAGAAGGACGUGCAGUAUGUGCCGGUCAAGGAGAAGCGGGAUGGGCAGCAAGAUGGCGCGCCGGACAGGGUGUAUAGGUGUCAGGUUCGGGUCGGCGGGGAGGAUGUCGGCGGCGUGGUGGAGGGGCUGAAAAGAUUGAAUGCUGAGACUGUGGCUGCGUGGAGGGCGGUGCAGAUCAUGGAAGCUAGGGGGGAUGUUGGAGUCGAGAGCAGUGAUGGGGAGGAGGUGUUUUAUGAUGCUGAGGAGGGUGGCGGGGUUGGGAUCGAUGAG